GACUGUGCCUAUUCAGCGUGUUUUACCUGUCCCAAGUACAAGGGGAAGAUGAGAAAGUAACUUUUCUCCCCCAAACCCAUUUUUAUCUGCCUUGCCUUCUGUCUAGGUAGGUGAAUGGAUCUUCAGAAGCAGAAUUGCUAAAACUGGCAGAGAAUGGCCUAUAGAAGAGAUGAAAUGUGGUCCGAAGGGCGAUACGACUAUGAAAGAGUUCCAAGAGAACGUCUCCCUCCUAGGAUUCAUGGUGAUGGUGAUUACCACAGAAUAGUAAACAUUGUGCCCAAGAAGCCAGGCCUGCUGGAGAGACCUGGGGACGGGAGUUACAGUCGCUACGACGAUUACGGUCACGCUGAGUACAGAGACUACAGCGCGGGCCGCAGUUUCGCCCACGACCGAAGGAGUGGCCCUCCACACCGAGGUGUACGUAAGGAUGAAUCAGGAUACAGAUGGUCAAGGGAUGAUCACUCUACAAGACCUGAAUACAGGGACGUCAGAGAUGGCUUCAGAAGAAGAAGCUUCUAUUCUUCUCAUUAUGGGAGAGAUCGAUCCCCUCACAAGAGGGACUCUCCUUUCUUCAGGGAAUCGCCGGGGAGCCGGAGGGAUUCUCCGCACAGCAGAUCUGGCUCCAGUGUCAGCAGCAGGAGCUACUCUCCUGAAAGAAGCAAAGCCUAUCCUUUCCACCAGCACAGCAGAAAUAUGUCAUCUUUACAUAAAAGAAAUGUCUCUUCUCAGCAAGGUAAAGAGAGGACAGUUCAGUCACUGAAAACAUCAAGAGAUGCAUCACCGUCAGGGUCCACAGCAGUACCUCCAUCAAAGGCCUUGGAGAAGAGCAACAGACUAUCAGAAAAGGAACUUGCAGAAGCUGCAAGCAAGUGGGCAGCUGAAAAGGCAGCAGAGAAGGCUGAGGAAAGCAAUUUACCUGAAAUAACAGAGUAUGAUGCUGGAUCUUCAGCUCCAUUAUACAUUGAGCAAACAGAGGAAACAGAGGCAAAUCUAACAGACAGUACAGAAUUAUACGAGGACAGCCAGCUUCUAGGUCGUUCAAAAGCAAUUGCAACUAAGACAAAGGAGAUUGAACAGGUCUACAGACAAGACUGUGAAACCUUUGGCAUGGUAGUGAAGAUGCUAAUUGAUAAAGAUCCAUCUUUAGAGAAGUCCAUUCAGUUUGCCCUGAGGCAGAAUUUGCAUGAGAUAGGUGAGCGAUGCAUUGAAGAACUCAAACAUUUCAUUGCUCAGUACGAUGCUGCCAACCAAGAUGUGUCAGAGCCCUUCAAAGAGGGCUCAUACUAAGGACAAAAAUAUGCUUUUAGAUCCUCUGCAUUGUGUCUGCCAUAGUACAUAAAUCUGCUUUUUGUGGGGAAAGAGGAACUUUUGUUGGAGGUUUGAACGCAAGGCCUGUGCUCCUUUCCAGUAGCUCAGGUGGCUGUUCCUUUGUCCACUGUGGUCUCCACGAUUGUAUUCAUCCUACCUGUUCUUGUUGACAUAUAUUCCUUUGAAAGGAUGUUCUUUUCAAAAAUGCUGUAAAGCAACGAACUGGUUUUGAAACCUUACACAGUUACCUUGGAAAAAAUGAUCAGUCUGAUGUCUGUACACUUACGUUUUGAUGCUUACAGAUGUAAUUGAAGCAUUGUAUUUUUUAUUAAAAUUACAUGAAGCUGCUCUCAUUCCUCAAGUUAUGCACAAAUAUGUCUUGUUAUCAUACAUGCUAUAGGAAGGGAAAACUUGCAAAAUUGGUCACAUUUAAAUUAUGAUUUAAAUUAUUUAGCCUGGUUUAAUUUAAAAAAUCAGCUGAAUUCUGUAAAAUUACACUAUGAUUUAUCUCUCGUCUCUGACUGCCAGAGUAAUUAACUACUUGAUGUAAAUAGUGCUGUAUUUUUGUUCUAAUUGCAGGUUCUACAAAAUGCCUUUUAAAUUUUGGUGGUUUCCAUAUCAUGACUCACUACUAGUAAGCAGUAUUAUGUAGGAUGGAUUCCAUUUUUUGUUACUGUUUGCUCUGUUUUUAACUACACUGUACAGAAUGUAACUAUGGGCAGGCACUGAGCAGGGAAAGGUCAUUUUUCCUACUCUGUUGCUCUCCCCACUUACAACUUCUCAAGCCUUUUCAUCCAUCAGUUUUAACAAUAAGGAGGCUGUGUGUAAUCUUUAUUUCCAGCUUUAAGAAGGAGCAGGAUUUGGGGUGUCAAGGAUGGACAAGGAAAGUGAGCAGGACCAUCUUCAGUAAACCCAGGUGUCUUGGUUUGAAAAGACAGGUGUCUGCUAAAAAGGCAGGAGCCUCUCUUGAAAUGGAAAAUGUAAACCCCCUCCCUCUGAAUUAUUAUAAUUUUGAAAUUAAGGGGCUUUCAGGCAAAGAUAUGGAAAUAGGAAUAAUAGCUCUUUACUAGGAAAAUUAAAAUAAAAAUGCAGAUAUACAAAACAACACCAACAGAGUCAGAAUAUAACCUUACACCCUGUUGGUCAGUGUGUUGGUAACAGUCUGAUUAAAUGGUGGCUGCAGUGACAAGAGUGGUUCUGUUAAAGCCAUGGUCUUGUAGAAGGGUGUAGUUUUCCAGCUGUGGUGUAGAUGGGCCUGGUCUUCCUCUGGGAAUCCAGUGGAAAAAGGCUCCUCUAGUAUUCCAAAUCUCAGAUUUUUAUCUGGGUAGGAAUGCUUGGCUCCUCCCCCUGGGUGGAGCAUCCCAUUGCAGGGGUGGUGUAAUUUUCAGCCAGGCAGUGAGACUCAAUGGCCCAUUAACAGAAGGGAUCUCCCUGGGCUGAGGAUGGGUCCUGGAAGAGAUAAAGAAAACUGCCCCACCUGGUUUUAACAGCUGGCUCAUUACCAGGAUAUCCCCCCCAGAGUUAUGAGGGAUGGGUCAUGGAAGAGAUAAAGAACACUGCUCCACCUGGUUUCAACAGAUGGUGAUAGAAUACAUACCUCUGGUUACAUCUUACAUUGCAGCCUUAGAGACCAGGUUGCUUUCAGUUAGGUGGAACACAAAGUUUAUCCUUAAGUCCUCAAUUUCACUAUCACUUCAAACCUAGGUGAUUCUGGUUAGUGUCCAGCAGCACUCUUGACCUGAUAGAACAACUUGCAGUUUGGGAACAGUGGUUGAGGAAAGCCCAGAGGUUCCCAGUGAAAAAUAUUUAGGAUGCAGUGGAAUCCUGACGAAUGCAUUUAUUAAGGUACUGGUUUUUUAUGAGCAUUUUAGGAAAGUGAUAAUGUGAGUCAUAAUCACAAGGAGGUAAGUAUAAGCAUGAUUGUUUUGUAUACAUUGCAUUUAGAGCAUGUGAAACUCUGUAAAAGGACUAAUAACCAAACUCACUAUUUCCAGAUUUCAUUAGAAUGGUGUGCAGAAACACAAAGUAGCAAUGAUUUGGCAUGUAUAAGAUACUGUAUGUAUCACAGCAUCUUACACAUGCAAAUCUUGAUAUGGUGUAUUAAAUAUGUAUUGCAUCAGAUUCGUGAGAUGCCUGGUUAGUUCUCAUGUCAGUAAGGGGAGGUUUUGCAGUUGGCUUUUCUUGUUUUCUAAGAGUUCACAUUGCUGCAAGGAGAUGACCUGCAACUGGGAUUGUGUGGGCUGCACAGUGAGUGGGAAUCAGCUCAUGGAUCCUGCAGGAUGCUGAUUUGGGGAGGGAGAGAGGAGAAGAGAGGCAAGCUGUUGUGACAUGGUAGUGACACCUGAUCCACUCCUUCUGGCAACAAACUGGUUUACUCAGAUCAGUCAGUCUUCUCUGAUGCAGAAGCAUAACUACAGCACUUCACUACUUCACUACAGGACUGAGAGCCUUCAGGAUGUUACAUCUGAGUUUCUACUUUGGGUUAGAAAUGCUAAUGGAAAAAUAAUAAAAUUGUGUGUAAUAUAUUUUUUAUUAAAAAUUGCCAUUGCUACUGUA